AUGCCCGCGACUCGGACAAGCCACUUUAAAUGCCUUCAACGUUUUAAACCAGACUACUCGCCGAGCGAAUUUGUUCAAUAUGAGUCGCAGAGAACCGGCAUGAGGGUAGUGGUCAUUGACCAAAAGGGCCCUAAAGUGAACGGGUACUUUGUUUUGGCAACAGAGAUCUUUGACGACUCUGGAGCUCCUCAUACCCUAGAACAUCUAGUUUUCAUGGGAUCGCGAAACUACAAGUACAAGGGCUUUCUUGACAAGCUCGCCACGCGACUCUACUCGAAUACCAACGCCUGGACAGCCACUGACCAUACGGCAUACACGUUGGACACGGCGGGAUGGGAAGCCUUUUCACGGAUGCUACCUGUUUAUCUAGAGCACGUCGUUGCGCCAACCUUGACAGAUGAAGGCUGCUACACCGAGGUUCAUCAUAUUGAUGGUUCGGGCAACGACGCUGGAGUUGUGUACUCGGAAAUGCAGGGAGUCCAAAACAACGCUGCUGAGCUUAUCGACUUGGCCGCACGCCGGUUGACCUACCCUGAGGGCGUAGGCUUCCGCUACGAGACUGGUGGUAUGAUGGAGCAACUGCGUGUUCUUACCCCUGAUAGGAUCCGGGCCUUUCACCGUGAGAUGUACCAACCCAAGAACUUGUGCCUGAUCAUCACUGGUGAAGUAGACCAGGAGGACAUGCUGGAGAGGUUAGACCAGUUCGAGGAUACAAUUCUUGAUGUUAUCCCAAGUCCGGAUUCUCCCUUCAAGCGACCCUGGGUUGAUUCUAUGCAAGCUCCCCCGUUGUCGCAAUCCAUCGUCAAAACGGUAGAAUUUCCCGAAGAGGAUGAAUCCUAUGGUGAGCUGGAGAUACGAUUCCUUGGCCCGGACUGUACCGAUCCUGUGCAAACCGGCGCUGCUUAUGUUACCUUGCUCUACCUGGCCGGCUCAUCAGCGUCCUUGCUGGACAAUACUCUCGUCGAGAAAGAGGAGCUCGCAAGUGGUGUAUACUACGCUACAUCAGACCGCCCUAGCCUUGACAUCCACUUUACCCUGACCAGUGUGGAGACAGGGAAGCUUGCCCAAGUUGAGAAGCGCUUCUUUGACGUCUUAAAGGAUGCCAUGAGCAAAGAUCUCGACAUGAAGUAUAUGCAGGAAUGCAUUGAUCGUCAAAGACGGACCUGGAAAUUCUCCACCGAAACCUCGGCCUCGUCGUUUGCCGAGUAUGUCAUUUCAGACUUCCUUUUCGGGAACAAGGAUGGCUCCACUUUGCUAGAUGUUGCCUCGCUAAAGGCGUACGAUGUUCUGGAGAAAUGGACGCAGGAGGAUUGGCGCGGUUUCAUCAAGAAAUGGAUCUCUGAUGCUCCUCAUGUUUCCAUCCUAGGAACGCCAUCUGCAAAAAUGUCCGACACACUAAAAAAGGAAGAAGAAACUCGAGUGGCGGCGCAAAAGGAGCGCCUGGGAGAACAAGGCUUGAAGAAGCUAGCCGAGAAGCUCGAAAAGGCAAAGGCUGAGAAUGACAAGGAGAUUCCCAAGGAGCUACUCGAAAGGUUCCAGAUCCCUGGUAUAGAGUCAAUUCACUUCAUCGAGACCAUGACAGCCAGGUCUGGGGCAGCUUUGCGCCUUGGCCGCCCUGAAAACAAGGCCCAGAAAAUUGUGGACGCUGAUGGAACGGAUUUGCCUGCGUUUAUUCAUUUUGAGCAUAUCCCCAGCAGCUUUGUUCAAAUGUAUCUGCUCAUAUCCGCCGAGUCCGUGCCUGUGCAAUUGCGUCCUCUUUUGUCUGUGUUCACAGAGGCGUUCUUCAGCCUGCCUGUGGAGCGUGACGGCAAGACCAUCAGCUUCGAGCAAGUGGUUGUAGAGCUGGAACGUGACACCGUUUCCUAUACAACGGAGACUGCCAGAGGCCUGGGCAACACAGAGAUGCUGCGCGUCUCGUUCAAGGUCGAGCUAGAAAAGUACAGCACAGCAAUUGCUUGGCUAAAGGAGCUUUCUUGGAACAUAAUCUUUGACAUUGAGAGACUUCGAACCAUUACAAGCCGGCUCUUAUCCGAUGUUCCAGACUCUAAGCGCAGCGGCGAUGACAUGAUGGCAGCCGUCCAUGUCAUGGUCCACUAUGCGGCCGAGUCAAUCGUCCGCGCGCGGAGCACGCUGGUAAAAGCACGGUACCUCAAGAGGAUCAAGCGGCUGCUAAAGGACGAGCCAGAAACCGUUGUGGCCCGUAUGGAGGAGAUUCGCAAAUCUCUCUUCCAAUUCGAAAACAUCCGGAUCCUAGUCAUCGCGGAUCUUGAAAAGCUUCCUAACCCGGUCUCAACCUGGAAGCCAUUCGUCGAGCGACUGGGCAUCAGUGACGCUCUGAAACCCAUCACAGCCAGAAGGCCGCUCUUGAGCCCAGCUGGGCAGAAUCUUGGUGGCAAAGCCUAUGUGGUCCCCAUGGCGACCAUUGACUCAUCCUUUGCCUAUGCUACCGCGCGAGGCCUCGACUCCUAUGAUGACCCCAAGUUACCUGCGCUGUUAGUGGCGAUCGCGUACAUGAACGCCGUUGAGGGACCACUCUGGGUUGCCGUCCGCGGCAAGGGAUUGGCAUACGGCACGACCUUUGCCUACAACAUCGAUACGGGCUUUGUCAACUUUGACGUCUACCGCUCGCCCAACGCGCACAAGGCAUUCGAAUCCAGCAAGGACAUUGUCAAGGCCCAUAUCUCUGGAGAUGCUCCGUUUGAUCCCUUGAUGUUCGAAGGGGCGAUCAGCAGCAUUGUUGUCACUUUUGCAAACGAGCAAAUCACCGCUACCAAUGCGGCCCAAGGAAGCUUCAUCCGGCAGGUUGUACGCGGUUUGCCCAGUAACUACAAGGAGAGGAUCCUCAAGCAAGUCCGAGACAUUGAUGUUGAGGAUGUCAAGAAUGCGCUGCGGGAAAUCAUUCUGCCUUUGUUCGCCCCCGAGACUGCGAAUAUUGUUGUCACUUGUGCUACCGUGCUUGAUGAGACCAUAGAAAAGGGUCUAAAGGAGUCUGGGUUCUCUCCGAAAGUCCAGUCACUCAAAGAUUUUGAGGAUGAUUAUGGCCUAAAGGUUGGCGAUGAUGAUGGUGAUGACGAAGAUGAAAAUGAAGACGAGGACGAGGAUGAAGAUGAUGAAGAUGAUGGAGAUGAUGAGUCUGGGUCUGAGGAAGUCUCUGAUGAUGAAUGA